GCGCCGGGAAGGGCGUCACCGCCGCGGUGACGUGAGCAGGCGCGCGCGAGUGUGCGUCGCGCGGCGUUUUGGCGCUGCUGGCCAGUUCCCGCCAUCCGCCGCCGUUCCCCCCCCUUCCCCUUCCCCCCCACGGCCCAGACCCAGCGGCGCCGGGACGCAGGUCUUUAAGGUGGAGUAGCUCACUCCUGUUAGCUCUUUUCCGUGAGAAAGCAUGGCUCUGCUAAAGGUGCACGGACCUGUCCGGAUGCGCAGCAUGCAGACUGGGAUUACAAAAUGGAAAGAAGGGAGCUUUGAAAUUGUGGAGAAGGACAACAAAGUGAGUCUGGUGGUUCACUACAGUGUUGGAGGGAGUCCAAAGACGUUUCAGCUAAGCCAUAACAUUAAAACUGUGACACUACGCCCAAAUGGUAGAAAGCUGUGCUGCCUAAUGCUAACACUAAAGGAUACCAGCUUCUUGACAAUUGAUAAGGUACCAUUUAAAGAUGCAAAUGAAAUGCGGAUGUAUUUGGAUGCAGUCCAUCAAGACAGGUUACAUACUGUUGGAAAACCCUCUCAGGGAUCUGGAAGCUUUGGAGGUGUGCUGGGCAGCAGGACCACACAGAAGGAAGUUAAUAGGCAAUUCUCUUACAUAGAGAACCAGACUCCUCCCAAAAGAGUGGCUGUGGAAAGUAAGGAGGAAAACGCGUUGCGCAAGGUGCUGGGUACCCCACCGAGAGCAUCCGUUAAGAAUCCCUCUGGAACCGGAACACCUAGCAACAGGGUGAACAUCUCAGCAUCUCCUGCGUCCGCAGUCCCCCACAGAACGGGCUUGUUGGAGAAUCGUGAAAAGAGGAAAAGAACACAACCUCCUGGUUCAGAAAUGAGUGAAGAUUAUCCCAAAGAGAAUGAUUCUUCAACGAAUAAUAAAGCCUUGAGUGAUCCAGCAUGGAAGUACUUGAACAGUAGCAGAGAGAAACAGUUAAAUCUGAAGCAGGCAGAGGAAAAUAGGACAUCAGGUCUUUUACCACUGCAGUCAUCAUCCUUUUAUAGUAGUCGGUCUUCAUCAAAAGAGUACUCCAGUGGCAGUUCCACCCUGGACAGGUCUAGUGUAUCCGGCCAGACCCCUUCAGCCAAAAGAAGCCUAGGAUUUCUCUCUCAGCCUGCCCCUCUUUCUGUUAAAAAAAUGAGAUCUAAUCAAGAUUACACAGGGUGGAACAAACCCCGAGUGCCCCUUUCCACCCAUCCUCAACAGCAAUUACAAGGCUUCUCAAACUUGGGAAACACCUGCUAUAUGAAUGCCAUUCUACAGUCCUUGUUUUCAAUUCAGUCUUUUGCUAAUGAUUUGCUCAAGCAGGGUAUCCCAUGGAAAAAAAUUCCGCUGAAUGCUCUUAUCAGACGUUUUGCCCAUCUGCUUGCUAAGAAGGAUGUCUGCAGCCCUGAGGUUAAGAAGGAGCUGCUCAAGAAGGUGAAAAGUGCCAUUUCAGCUACUGCAGAGAGAUUUUCUGGGUACAUGCAAAACGAUGCACAUGAGUUCUUGAGCCAGUGCCUGGAUCAGCUGAAGGAAGACAUGGAAAAGUUAAACAAAACUUGGAAGAGCGAGCCAGUCCCUAAUGAGGAGAACUCACCAGGACGGGCUUCUGAUGACCUCUCAGCCACCAAAGUUUAUACAUGUCCAGUUAUCAGUAACUUAGAGUUUGAGGUUCAACAUUCUAUCAUUUGCAAAAUGUGCGGUGAAACAGUCACUAAACGUGAACAGUUUAAUGACCUCUCCAUUGACCUUCCUCGAAGAAAGAAAUUGCUUCCUUCCCGGUCAAUCCAGGACUCCCUUGACCUCUUUUUUCGGGCAGAGGAGAUUGAGUAUUCCUGUGAGAAGUGCAAUGGAAAGUCUGCUGUUGUCACACACAAGUUCAACAGGCUUCCCAGAGUCCUGAUUCUUCAUCUGAAACGAUACAGCUUCAAUGUAGCAUUGUCCCUCAAUCAUAAAGUCGGGCAGCAGGUGGUUAUUCCAAGAUACUUGACCCUGCUUUCACACUGUACGGAAAACACUAGGCUGCCGCUGACACUGGGAUGGAGUGUUCAUUCUGCAAUUUCCCGUCCAUUGAAAGCCUCCCAAAUGGUGAAUUCCUGUACUGUAAGCACUUCCACGUCUUGUAGAAAAUACACUUUCAAGUCAAAGAGCUCCUCAGCACACUCUGUAGACUCUGACAGCGAUGAUGAGCCAUUGAAACGCUCUGUUGCCCACAGCCAAAGGUUAUGUAAUGUACAGAGCAAGGAUCAGCAACAACUACAAGAAGAGCCUGAAAAGGGUUCAAAAAGAAGUAAAAUGGAGGGUGAUAAACCUGAGCUGGGUAAUGCUGGUUUUGAUGGGAUGAGCGAAGAUGAGCUGCUAGCAGCUGUCUUAGAGAUUAGCAAAAGGGAAGCUUCUCUGUCUCUGAGCCAUGAUGAAGAUAAGCCUACAAGCAGCCCCGACACUGGUUUUGGAGACGAUGAAAUUCAGGAGUUGCCGGAAAGCCUGGAAUCUAUGGAGAUGGAGAAACCAAAAGCAACAUUAGACUCAGGUCCUGCCAAUUUCACUGAGAUAACUAAAGAUUUUGAUGAGAAUAAGGAAAACAAAACUCCGGAAGGCUCCCAGGGGGAGGUUGACUGGCUGCAGCAGUACGACAUGGAGAGAGAGAGGGAAGAACAAGAGCUUCAGCAGGCACUGGCUCAAAGCCUUCAAGAGCAAGAGGCACGAGAACAAAAAGAGGAUGAUGACCUUAAACGAGCCACGGAAUUAAGUCUACAAGAGUUCAACAGCUCUCUCCUGGACAGUGUUGGUUCUGACGAAGACUCUGGGAAUGAAGAUGUUCUUGACAUGGAAUAUUCAGAAGCUGAAGCAGAAGAGCUGAAAAGAAACGCUGAGACAGGAGAGCUUCCUCACUCGUAUCGUCUCAUAAGCAUUGUCAGCCACAUCGGAAGCACAUCAUCUUCAGGUCAUUAUAUCAGUGAUGUCUAUGAUAUCAAGAAGCAGUCCUGGUUCACCUACAAUGACCUGGAAGUGUCUAGAACACUAGAGGCCACCGUUCAGUGUGACAGAGAUCGAAGUGGCUACAUCUUCUUCUACAUGCACAAGGAUAUCUUUGAUGAGUUACUAGAAACAGAGAAAAAUGCACAGCCACUUAGCAUGGAAGUAGGAAGAUCAGUUCGUCAGCCUCUGUGAAGAGUAAAACACCUUGUUCCUCCCGAGGAACAAGGAAGGUUCUGAACUUGUGCCAGCCACACAGGAGUUAACAAACAGCUCAGGGCCAAAACAAGAGGCAAAAGGUAGAAAUAUGGGACGCUCGCUUUGCUGAACAUCUGUGCAAGUCCUGGGCCUGAACCACGCUUUUAAACCUCGACAUCCCAGAGCAGUCCUCCUGUGGUGAAGUUUUUAUUGUUCCUCAGAUAAUUUUGUCAGCAUGGAGCCUUAAAGAAUUGCAUCAAGCCACAAGACUACAGCUGCUCAUGAACUGGUUUAAAACAAAUAGUGCAAAAAGAGACUCGACUUUAAAAGCCCAUUCACUUGUGAGAAGUGAGUGGUGAAGAUUUACAUAUCACUUGGCUUUUUUGUUUUUAUUGUUGGGUUUUUUUUAAUCCGAGAGCAAUUUAAGCAAUAGAUUCGGUAACCUGGCGUGUGUUGUGUUAGUAAUAUUCACUGGAAACCCAGAUCACUGGGUACGCUCUCGCCACUCGUCUUUGGAAUCACUCAAGCUGAUGGGUUUUGACAUCCGUGGGUUUGGAAGUGCUCCACUGUUUACCUGUGCUUCCAGGAAACAAACUGUCGGUGCUGUGGAAUGUAUUGCAUACCUGGUGGCAGCUCUGUUGGGUUUGUUUUUUUACACCAUUCACUGUCAUCCUUAUUUAGAUGUGAGAUUAUAGAUGUGAUUUCUUUUGUUUUACAAGUUUUACUAUUUGAUUUUCUUCAUGAGGUGGUUGUUUUGUGUUGGAGAGGAGAGGUCUCUUCUUUGGGUGUGCAGUAUUUAGCACUGAAGUGACAUUGUUUGGGGCUGCUCCAGUGUAAUUCUGGGGGUAGGUGAACACCUGGAGCAGACUGAGAACAGCAGCAGGAGGUGAGCAACAGCCACUUUGCAUCUUCUUGGAGUGAAAGAGUGUUCUGUGUUCUAGCCUUACCUUUUCUGCGCAGGCCUGGGGCAUUGUGAAACAGGAGUGAUGGGGAAGGGGUCUGCAGGGUAGCACUUGGCACUUGAAUUGCUCUUGACUGAACCAUGGUCUUGCCUUGGUCUUCCUGUAUCCCAAGAAGAGAAGGCAAGAGGGGUUUUACUGCAGCUAUGCUUCUGUUCUCCUUUCUGAAGAGCACAGAGCGCUCAAACUGUGAAACUAAAGCAGGUGGAAAGCUUUCAGAAAGCCCAUGUUCAGCGUUAACAGAACAUGGUUAGGAAGAAGUGUUGUGUUUUAUUGGAUUUUGAGGCAUGAAGCUCCUUUGACAACUUGUUUCAGCAGGGAAGGGGGGAAGCCAAGUGACUUCAGUUUUUCAGCACCUUGGCACUGAUUUAGCGGGGCAGUUUCCUUUUGCUGGCAUUUACUCAUUUCAGAGACGUUGCUGUUAAGCAGAGUAGUGUUGCUCUUGGUUUGGCCUCUAGUUCUGAUAUUUUUGCAGCAUGAGUUUUAGAGGUGUAAGACUUCUGCUGGUUUGUUGGGUUGUUUUUUUUUUUUAAAAAAAAGAAAGAAACAAAACCAAACACUUUUUUUGCUGUUGAGGUAAUUUCUGGGUUUUUUAAACUAUCCUUAGGAGUUUCUCAGGAAUAAAUCAGCUGAAGCAAAGCAGACAAAAACAUCAAUUUAGGAGACAUCAGGCCCCUUUCAUGGACACUUCCACACUUCCUGGCAGGGGGGUGCUACCUUAGUGGCCUCUUCUCACCCCUGUGCACAGCAGGGACCUACAGCCAUCAGUAGUCCUCCCUAAACCAAGGGCUUCUGGGGACCCCAGUGUGUUGAAAAGACUGUGACUGACCUUGCGGUCCCCAUGUCAGAUGAGCCCAGGGACCUGGUCAGGGUGACAUCUUUCUGGUGUCCAAGCUAGGAGCCAACAUUUGGUUGUAAACAUGACAGAGCGUUUAUCUUGCAAGAUGCAGCCCAGGUGGGUGUGUAUGUUAAUUUAUUAUAAAGCAUUAUACUUUUCUAUUGUGGAUACUAAUUUGGGUAGAACUGCAGGCUGUGGGAUGAGGCAGAGAUGUGGGAGCUGUCCUUUGAACUGCUCGCCCCUGCGAAUGUGACGGACUGCUCCGGCCAGAGGGCAAACCUGUUUUCCCCAAGCGCAUCCUAUGCUAGUGCUGUAAAUAACCAGUAUUCCUGUAGUGCCAGAAGCCAGCUCUGCUUUUUUUUGGGUGACAAGGUUGUUUUUGCAAGGCGCUGCACUCCCGUUAAUUUAUAAUAAAAGCAAACGUUGCCUGACUUUUCAGUGCAGUAAUUUUUGUUUAAAACCAGGUUUUGGUUGGGUCAGAGUGCGAAAGCUGAUGCUUGAAACCUGUGUUCCUUGUUUUGUGAAAAGUUCUUGCUUAUUAUUCUAGCUAUUAAGAAUUUGCAGGCACCUAGUAACUUAAUUUAAGCUUUUUCAUUUGGCAUGCAGCAGCUCAGUUGCACCUUCACCCUGGCAGGAGGGUCCAUGGAGCCCCUCCCUUGCAGAAGCCAGCUUUCUCUGUGUCCAAGAGCAGUGGGGAGGCAGGCAGGUGUGUGAUCCUCAAGGGAUGCGCUGCCCAACAGCUGAGAUGUUCCCACCCCUCGUGCUGUUCCAGCAGCAGGUUCAAUAAGAUGAUCAUCGCUCCUAUGUGGGAUGCCCAUCCUGGGGUUUAGGUAGGUGGAGAAGUUCAGUUGCAGUCUGUUAACACUUGUAGGCUCUUCCCCACAUGUACAGGGUUGUGGUUAAACAUUUACCCGCUCCUGAAUCAGCCUAGUUCAGUCCAAGUGUGAUUCAGCAUAUGAAUGCAAGGAACUCCAGUCUCGCCAUUUUUCUUGCCCCUCUGUUGUUUGCCUCUGGUAAUUUGUUCUUGAUUUACUCCCCUACUCCAUUCUUGUCAAUGAACUGGAGCUCAUGGCAGGGGGUCCCAGCAGAGCCCUGGCCAGCAGGGCUGCACAAAGAGCCUUUGCAAAGCAAGGACUGGCUUCCCAGCCAGGGCAGCAGCCUGACACCAAUGCAAGGAGCCAGGAGGAGGAGUGGGCCUCUCCAAUGCUGGGGCCAUAGCAUCGCCUCCUUCUCGCUGCAGCACAGAUAACCAUCACCUGUGCAUCUUCCUUCCUGUCCUGCAUCCCAAGGAAGGGCUGAGCCAGCCCAGCGGUUUCUGCUGCAGUCACUCCACAUGUGGGGAUCACUAUGCCCCAGGGAGGGUGGGCAGGGCUGGGCAUAACUCAUCUGCUUUGUUUUCUUUUUAAUGGAGCUAUUAUCCCUGUAAGCACCUGCCAAAGAGAGAAGAACGGGGUGCAGGACCCCUGGCAGCUGACUCCAGCCUUGCCUGCCCUGAGGUGGCUGCUGCCGGUUCCUGCCUGCAUCCUGACUUUCUGGUUCUUUACACUGUUGAUGUGGAGCAGCACUUUUCUCUGUGUUUUAGCAGACCUGUUCCUCUCUAUUCUUUACAGUUUUUGCUCUUGGGUCCCCUCCCCCCCCCCCCCUUUUUAAAUGAUGUGUAGAUAGAUUUUUGUGAAAUAAACACAUCUUUAUUAACCCUC